UUGGUUCAGGAUCUCAUAAUACAGACCGACGAUUCAUAUUUGAAAAUUGCUCGGCGACUGGAUCAGAUUCGAACGAAUCGCACCGAAAGUUUACACAUCUGUAUGGCGAAACCGUUGCAAAAGACCGAUCGUCCAGAAGCAAGCGGGUCGAAGUUUUACGGCGAUAGUCCAAGCGAGAGGCACGGUUUCUAUUUAGACCCAGUUCGUAAUCGGAGGAAAGUGCUGAGGCUUACAGAUGAAGGAGAACGGAAGUUAUCACCAAUUCGGUUAUUUGCUUGA